GAGGACUUUUAUUUUGGUGUGGUGUUGUGACGUCAUAAGGCUGCGCCGCGCUAUGAUGGUUCUGUUGUGAAUCGGCUGAAGAAAGGAACUCCUGGAGAAGCAGCUGAGAUCUCGUGACACACUAUUAUAAAGAUGGCGUUUAUUAAAGAGGAGAAUGAAGAAAUAAAGAUUGAAGAAGUGUUCAGCGUGAAACAUGAAGAUACUGAAGAACAAACAGACCUAAUGCAGCUGAAAGAGGAGAGUCAAGAACUGAAGGAAUUUGAAGUGAAAAAUCAUUAUAAGAAAGAUCAUGAUUUCAGAACUGGAGAAAAAUCUUUUAAUUGCUCUAUAAGAAAGAAGGUUUCCUCACGAAAGAGACGUCUGAAUACAAAAACUAUUAGAGACUUUACCUGCCAACAGUGUGGAAAAUGUUUCGCCCGAAAAGCAAACCUUGAAGUCCACAUGAGAAUUCACACUGGAGAGAAACCUUUCACCUGUCAACAGUGUGGACAGAGUUUCAGUCGAAAACGAAACCUUGAAGUCCACAUGAGAAUUCACACUGGAGAAAACCCAUUCACCUGCCAACAGUGUGGAAACUGUUUCACUCAAAAAGCAAGCCUUAAUGUUCACAUGAGAAGUCACACUGGAGAGAAGCCUUACACUUGCCAACAGUGUGGAAAUGCUUUCAGACAAAAACGAAACCUUGAAGUCCACAUGAGAGUUCACACUGGAGAGAAGCCUUACACCUGCCAACAGUGUGGAAAGAGUUUCAGUCAAAAACAAAACCUUGAAAUCCACAUGAGAGUUCACACUGAAGAGAAGCCUUACACCUGCCAACAAUGUGGAAAGAACUUUAGCCAAAAAGAAAACUUCAAUGUCCACAUGAGAGUUCACACUGGAGAGAAGCCUUACACCUGCCAACAGUGUGGACAGAGUUUCAUUCGAAAACGAAACCUUGAAGUCCACAUGAGAAUUCACACUGGAGAAAACCAAUUCACCUGCCAACAGUGUGGAAAAUGUUUCGCCCGAAAAGCAAACCUUGAAGUCCACAUGAGAAUUCACACUGGAGAGAAACCUUUCACCUGCCAACAGUGUGGACAGAGUUUCAGUCGAAAACGAAACCUUGAAGUCCACAUGAGAAUUCACACUGGAGAAAACCAAUUCACCUGCCAACAGUGUGGAAACGGUUUCACUCAAAAAGCAAGCCUUAAUGUUCACAUGAGAAGUCACACUGGAGAGAAGCCUUACACUUGCCAACAGUGUGGAAAUGCUUUCAGACAAAAACGAAGCCUUGAAGUCCACAUGAGAGUUCACACUGGAGAGAAGCCUUACACCUGCCAACAGUGUGGAAAGAGUUUCAGUCAAAAACAAAACCUUGAAAUCCACAUGAGAGUUCACACUGGAGAGAAGCCUUACACCUGCCAACAAUGUGGAAAGAACUUUAGCCAAAAAGAAAACUUCAAUGUCCACAUGAGAGUUCACACUGGAGAGAAGCCUUACACCUGCCAACAGUGUGGACAGAGUUUCAGUCGAAAACGAAACCUUGAAGUCCACAUGAGAAUUCACACUGGAGAAAACCCAUUCACCUGCCAACAAUGUGGAAAGAACUUUAGCCGAAAAGAAAACUUCAAUGUCCACAUGAGAGUUCACACUGAAGAGAAGCCUUAAGGCCCUUUCACACAGGACGCGGUAUGCGCUGCACUAUAAAACCCAUUUGUUUCAAUGGCUUGCGCGCACGCCUCGGUCAAAGUUCAAAAUAGUUCAACUUUUGCCGCUGCGCUCUGUGACGAUUACCCGCGCGACCAAUAGCAACGGGGCAUCCAAACAAUCGGAAAGCAAAAUUGAUGAACAGCUAUUUACUGUGUUGGAAUUUCCAGAGCUAUACAAUACAAGUUUGCUGGUCGUAUACUGACGUCGAGAGAAAAGCUGUGUCAUGGAGACAUGACAGACAUUGUCAAGAGCUGCUUUCUUUCUUCUUCUUACAAGCAGGGCUAUUGCUAUUGCUCACUUCUUAGCACGGCCCGGGACAUAUACUUUACUGCUGACCGAAAGGUGGAACAACAAUCAAGUGACUAUGUAUAAAACUCCCGCUACAUGUUUGGAAAAUUCCGCCUACUGUGCUCUGGCCAGCGCAGAGCAAAUCGCUUUGUAUCUGAAGGACUGCGCUGAACCCAGCGGCGAGCGCAGCGCAUGCCGCGUCCUGUGUGAAAGGGCCUUUACACCUGCCAACAGUGUGGAAAUACUUUCAGACAAAAACAAAACCUUGAAGUCCACAUGAGAGUUCAGAGCUUCCCACGAAAAGGAAAUCUACAGGUUCACAUGAGAUUUCACACAGUAGAGAAGCCGUUCACUUGAUCAGUGUGGAAAGGGCUUCACAGACAGUAAAUGCCUUAGGAAACAUGAAAUAACUCACACCAGAGAGAAGCUUUGCAUGUGCCUUCACUGUGGAAUGACAUGCUUAAGCAAUGCAAGACUUGAUUCACAUAAGAAGUCACUCUGAAGAGAAGCCUUUCACAUGUCUUCAGUGUGAUGUGAGUUUCACAUAUGAAAAAGACUUCAAACAGUGGGGAGUGGAGCCUGGCCCAUCACGGUUCUUGUUGUGGCAAAUUCGAUGUCUCUGUGUCCCUUCAGUUCUGAGUCGAAGUUUCAGGUCUCAGAAGUAUUUAACUUUAUUGUCAAGCAUAAAGUGAGAUGCCAGUUCCACAUCUAAAUCUCUCUUAGCUUGAUCACAUUUUAUUUUUUUUAUUAUUUUUUUAUUCUGUUUUUUUACAAGGAUUUUACAUGUGUAUAUAACAGACAAAAUGAACAAUAAACAUAGGGUGUACAUAUUACAGGGUUACACUGAUACAGUUACAGGAAAAGCAUUGAAUCACACCAAAUCUGGUCUUCUAUGCAGAAUAUAAACUCUCUAUUUCUCCCACAUGUUUCAAAAUAGACUUUUUGAAGACUUUUCUGAAAAGUAAUCCUCUCCAUGUUAAACAUUGCAUAUACAAUAUGAUGCCAGUCAUCUAAUGUUGGGGGAUUUGGAAUCAACCAUUUCUUUGUGAUAGCUUUCCGUGCUGCUAAACUCAACAUACAAAAUUUUCAACAUACAAAAUCUUUAUUCGUGUCUACUGCGUACAAAAAGCCAAAUAAUAGUUUGUCCCAAUUAACUGUCAUUUGCAUUUUGAAGAUUGAGCACAACUCAGCCUGGAUUGUAGUCCAGAAAUGACCAAAACAAGUGAAAAUGGCUCACCCCCUGGACCCCGCAGUUUCUCCAACAACUUGAGGUGCCCAUGUAAUGAGAGCUUUGUGUGGGAGUAAAAUAUCUGCACAGGCUCUUCCAUCCAAAACACCUCCAUGAAUGUGAACUGGUGAUUUUUCCAUUGAAAUUCACAGUGUUUUAACCAAAUGUCAUCAGAUAUUGAGAGAUUUGAAUCCCUUUCCCAUUUUUGUUUAAUACUAACCGUAUUUUUAUUUUUAACCUCUUGGAGGUCCUUGUAAAUCCUCGAAAUCAAUUUUAGACCAGGCACCGAUUCAUAAGCCUUGAUGAAAAUCUUAAGAAUAGGUAAAUCAAAGACAUUUUUCUCUCAUCAUGAAACCUUGUAUGUGAUGACGGGCUUGCAAAAAUCUAAAAAAGUCAUUGUUAUCUAGCUGAUAUUGUCUCUUGAUUGACUGAAAGUCUCUUAUAGACCCUUUACUGAAAAACACACUAUAGGACGUUAUGCCUAGCCCAGGCCAGCCUUUAUAUGUUCCAUCUAAUUUAUUGGGUAAAAAAUCAGGAUCAUGAGCCACCCAUCUCAAUACUUUAAUCUCUUCUUGCCAGUUGUUUUUAUGUAUAAAUCUUAACCAAACUUUUAAGGGUAAAGAAAUCCACUGAUUGACUCUUUCGAUCUGCUCCUUAAUUAAUUUUUUGUCUCCAAGUAUAGAUUGAAUUGGACGAUCACUAGACAUGUUUAAUUCUAUUUCUUUCCAUCUAGCAUGGUAAUCUAUGUUGCACCAACAUAUCAGGAUCCUCAACUGGGCUGAUGUGUAAUAGUCUUUAAAACAGGGCAGAGACAGACCCCCCUUAUCCUUUGCUAAUUGAAGGGUUUGAAGUUUUAACCUGGACUGUUUACCCUGCCAAACAAAUUUUGAGAUUAAUUUGUCCCAGUCUUUGAACUGCUUGUCGGUAAUAGCGAUUGGAAGUGUUUGAAACAAAUAUAGCAGCCUUGGCAAAAUAUUCAUUUUAACCGUAUCAAUGCGUGAUUCAAAGUUCAAAAUUGGAAGUAAAUCCCAUCUCCUAAUAUCCUUAUUUAUUUUCUGGUAUAGGGGCUUCAGGUUUACAUCAUAAAGUUUUGAUAAAUCUUUUGGUAUAUUCACCCCUAGAUAUUUUAUAUAAUCCAAGUCCCAAUUUAACUGAAAUUUAGAGGAUACUAUCUGACUGGGCUUGUAAUUAAAACAAAGUAUCUGAGUUUUAGAAUCCAAAUAAGAUAAUAGGUUAAAUAAAGAGGAAUCUGGAUUUGUCAGGUAAAUUAAAACGUCAUCUGCGAAGAGCGAGAUUUUAUGUUCUUGACCAAACAUCUUUACUCCUGUGAUAUUACGGUUCUGAAUAACUCCUUGGCUUAAAGCCUCAAUAAAAAUAGCGAAGCAUAACGGACUUAUUGAACACCCCUGCCUCGCUCCUCUUUCUAAUUCAAAUGGUUUUGAGAGAGCUCCAUUGACUUUAAUUCUCGCUUUUGGAGAUUUAUAUAGGGCUUGAAUUAUUUCUAUGAAUGAUUGGUGGAAUCCGAAUUUUUCUAAUACUUUGUACAAGAAUGUCCAAUUAACCCAAUCAAAUGCCUUUUCUGCAUCGAGGCUUAUCAAUAACAUCUUACUUUGAUUUUUAACUACAUGGUCAAUUAUAUGCAAUGUUCGACGAAUAUUAUCCUGUGUCUGUCGCUGUUUAAUAAAACCAAUUUGAUCUAUGCUUACUAUCUGAGGGAGAAUAUUUUCAAGUCUUUUAGAAAUAAUAUAUGUAAAUAUUUUAUAAUCUUGAUUAAGCACACUAAUAGGGCGAUAGCUUCCACACUCCCUUCCAUCUUUAGCUAACACGGAAAUAGAUGCUUCAUUCCAUGAGGGAGGUAUUAUUCCAGUUGUCAAGACAUAAUUAAAAGAGGUUUUCAAAAUCGGAAUCAAGAGAUCUUUCAUCUCCUUAUACCAUUCCAAGGGGAAGCCGUCUGGCCCUGGUGCUUUAUUAGAUUUAGAGUUCGAAAUCGCUUUUUUAAUUUCCAAUUCUGUUAUUUCUGAGGUCAAAAAUUUGUUCUGGUCUUCACUUACUUUGGGCAAAAUUGUUUUAUCGAGAAAAUCUGACAUACAUUUUUCAUCCACUUUGGGUUGAGCGUACAAUUGGCUGUAAAAUAACAAAAAGGCCUGUUGGAUAGUGUCCAAUUUACAAACUAUAUUAUUUGUUUGGGGGUCUCUUAUUUUGUGAAUGGUAUUUUCUAAUUCUUGUUUCUUUAAUUUAUAAGCCAAUAGUCUGGAUGCUUUGCCUCUAGCUUCGUAGUAACUCUGCCUUAAAAAUGUCAUUUUUUUCUUUA